UAAAUAAGCCAUUUAUUGUCAGCUUUCAUAAGAUUAAUAGCAUGUUUACAUGGUGAUUGUUCAUUCAUUUAUAAGCCUUUGAUAAACCUGAUACGAACUAGGUACUAGGUAGUAUUCUGCAAGUAUUCUGUGCAAUGUCGAGCAUGGUCAGAUGAAUGAAGUGUGAACGAUGUGAACGUGUGAUUCUUCACGUGAAACCAUUUUAGACUUGGUUCGUAACUUCGUAGUGCGGUAGUGUUUGAUGUGUUUGCGUACUGUUCUGUCGCCGAUACCGUUAACGUCGUGUCAAGUACAAUCUUGAAUAUAAAUUGUGAUUAAAACUGAUAUUAUUCGUUUAAAGCUAUAUAUUUUAAGAUAAAAAAAAUACCAGUAAUUAUAUGUCUUCGUUUUAACUAUUGCAUGAUAAAAAUAAAUUGUGUGCAUAUAUAAUAAAUACGUUGAAGACUAAGCGGUGGUAGUGCAUUGUUUAUUUUUAGAUUUCGCAAUUUACAGUCAUGUAAUUAUUCCGAUAGCUCUAAAAUGUCUCAAAGGGAUACAGCGAUACACCUUGUGGCUGGAGGGCUAGCAGGUACUGCGGGAGCAGUAGUAACCUGCCCACUCGAAGUAGUAAAGACCAGACUUCAGUCUUCAAAGGGAGUAGGUCUACCACCCCCACCCCCAUCUGGUGCUUCUAACUCAAAACGAGUGUGCUCGAAGAUACCACAGCACCAGGAGGCCAAAUGGGGCUACAGACGUACGAUGGGUGCAAUGUUCGCCUACAGCAAGCAGGCAGAUCGAAUGCUGAUGUCCUACAAUUAUCAGGUGCAGCAGUGUGCGAGGGCAGGCCACGCUCGGACAGCCGGGAGGAUGACCCUUAUACAGUGCCUUAGACACAUUGUCCAAAACGAAGGGGCUCGUGCGCUGUUCAAGGGUCUAGGGCCGAACAUAGUGGGCGUGGCACCUUCGAGAGCCAUCUACUUCUGCACGUACUCGCAAGCUAAGGCCAUACUCAACCAACACAUACCGCCGGACACGCCGAUCGUACAUCUAUCAGCGGCCAGUGCGGCAGGAUUCAUGUCGUGUACAAUGACUAAUCCAAUUUGGUUCGUCAAGACUCGACUGCAGCUCGACGGUCAGAACAUCACAGCUUGGCAAUGCAUAAAGAGGAUAUACGCUAAAACGGGCGUAAGAGGUUUCUACAAAGGUAUAACAGCGUCCUACAUGGGAAUCAGCGAGACAGUUGUACACUUUGUCUUAUAUGAGGGGGUUAAGGCCAGGCUGAUGGCCGCGAGGGCAAUGGAAGGCGUGCCCUCCGACCAGCGAUCUCCAAAGGACUUUCUGGAGUUUAUGGCUGCGGGGGCCUUCUCUAAGACCGUAGCUUCUUGUAUCGCGUAUCCACACGAGGUAGCGAGGACACGCUUGAGAGAGGAAGGUGACAAAUACCGCAAGUUUUGGCAGACGCUGCAUACAGUUUGGAUCGAGGAGGGUUAUCGUGGUGUUUAUAGGGGCCUCGGAACUCAGCUGGUCCGUCAAAUACCAAAUACAGCCAUCAUGAUGUCCACAUAUGAAGCUGUUGUCUACCUUCUAACGACACAUUUUAAUAAUUCAUUCUAUGAGAACACUUAGGUUCGAGCAGGAAAAUACCUGUGAUUCCCUUAGAGAGCUAUGGGCUCGACUAACAGACUAUUGGCAAUGGGCUAGUCGAUCUAAAUUGUUCCUAGAUCAACCGUGUCCCACUAAACUUGAGAAUAUAGGUCAUUAUAGGUCUUAGUACAACCGUAUGACGAAACUCGAUAAGUAAAUCAUAUAAUGUAAACAACAUUUUGUGGGAUAUUAGUGUUCCCUUUGCUUUGCGAUUUAAACAGGCUUAGAAAUCUCUACAUUUGUAAGAGAUCUUUGUAAAAUUUAAAUCCUUUGAUUUAAUACAGUUGGAAUUGCCAAUGCAAAAUCAAUAGGUUUUUUUUAAAUGUUUCAACUCCAUGUUGUAAAUAAAUGUAAGGGAGUGUGUAUAGCAAGCAGUAGAUAAUGUCUAUAUUUGUGUCUUAUCAUACAGUCUGCUAUGUCCUUUUUAUUACUAUUGGUAUUAUUAGUCAAAGAACAAGUCAAUAUGGUUUAUUUGUCAUGUUUAUUUUAUUUUAAUUUUUAAUAAAUAAGUUACAGCCUU